AUGGCAUUCCAAAACUUGCUCAAAAACCUCCAAACUGUUAAGAGAUGCCACCUUCCAAACCAAACCAAACCAAACCAAACUCAAAAAAUUGGAGACCUAAUCACACGCACCCACAACAAUCCUCACCUCACCACCUCAUCUUCUCAGCCCUGCCUCUCCGACCUCACUCCCAACCAUGCCCACCUUGUUCUCUCCGAUCCACAUCUCAAAACCUCUCAACGCAUCGAUUUCUUCAAUUUCCUCCUCAACAACCACUCUUCCAUCUCCUUCAACCUUGAUCUUCAUACCCAUUUCGUUUUACUUCGCAGGUUAAUCAAGGCAAGGAGGUUCACAGAUGCUGAAAAUCACCUGAACUCGCUUUCAACAAAUGUAAAUCUCAGGUACCCAUAUUCUGAUUUAGCUUCUUUCGUUGAGAAUCACUGUGUUGAACCCAAGAUUCUUGCUAAAUUGUUUAAUUUGAUGCUUAAAGUUUAUUCGGAUAGUCAGAAGUUUGAUGAGGCUUUGGAAACUUUCAAUUAUAUGAGAAAUUGUACGAGCACGAAAUAA